AUGGAUCUUAUACCAAAAAAUUCAGAUCUAACAUUUUUUUACAUUAAUAGAGAGUUGCUCAAUGAGGAAGAUGAAGAGUGGAGAAGAGGCUGGCCUUUGGCUUGUUUCACUAGCUUCAAACGAGAGAGAUGGAGAGCUUCAGACAUUGGCUCUCGGAGAAGACGAAGAGAAGAGGGAUUUAGGUUAGAUGAGAAAGACUAUUUAUAUGGGUGUUCAAUAUAUGGUUACAAUAAAGAUGUUGCCACCAAAAGUCUGCCAAAUUAUAGAGUCGGAUAUUUUUCAUCCACGUGCCCUGUGCACUUGUUGAUGUUAAAGGGUGUUAAAGAUGCAAGCGAUAAAAAGAUUCUGGUGGACAUGUUAUUCUGGGCGGUGGACAAUCCAGCGCCUGCUAAUUAUUUGUUGAUUUCUGGUGAUCGUGACUUCUCGAAUGCUCUACACCAGCUGAGAAUGAGAAAAUAUAAUAUUCUCCUAGCACAACCUCAAAAAGCAUCCGCACCACUUGUUGCCGCUGCAAAGAAUGUAUGGCUCUGGACAAGUCUUGUGGCUGGAGGGCCACCGCUAACAAAUGGUGAAUCAGCCCAAUUUGUAAGUAAUAGUUAUGACUACUUAUCCAAUUCUGACCCGUUACAUAUACCUGUUACCGAUUCAAGACAGAUAAACCAGCACGUGGAUUCCUUUUCUGAGGGUAUGCAUUUGGGAAAUCAAAAGUUCUCAGAUAUGGGAAAGGGAACAGAUAGUAAACAAAAAGGAAAAAUACGGAAAAACCUGAGUCAACCAUUUCUAUCAGGAUCCUCAAGUGCGUCAAUAGGGAUUGAAGAAGAUCGGAACAAUUCAAUAUCUCGUCAACCGGGAUAUGCACACCCUAUGCAAUUCAAGGAUUCCCAGGCGUCAUCUGUUGAUAGUGAUCCGAAAAUCCCAUUUAGUAGACCUGCCCCGAGUUUCAUCCCUGGUACUCCUGAUUCUUCUUGGGACAACAUCAAUACUCUUCAGCACCCUUACCAAAAUCAUUAUUCGCUGCCAGUAAGGCCAAACAACCUCCCUAUGCCACCUGCAUUUGCCCCUAGUAAUAUGUUUCCACCUACUUCCCUCAUCCGUCCUCAUUUAAUGCCUCCCAGAUCAGAUGCACCCCCCAGCUAUACCUCAGGUCCUCCAAUGAAUGUGCCUGACAUUGGUAAGCUUAAAUUUUCUGAGCACCGAAGCAGUAAUUACCAUUCUCCAAUUUCUAAGCCACGGAAUGGAGGAGAGCUGAAACAAACUUCUAUGAUUGAUUCUCCCAUCAAUAUAGGAUUAAGCAGCCAUCAAAAGGGACAUACUGUGAAGAACACACAGAACAACAGGUCCCCGCAUGGUGGUCCAGCAAUUCAGCCACCAUUUUCAUCUGCAAUGGAUAUAACUAAUACAUCUGGUAGUGGUGUGUGGGGGACUGUGGGAUGCCCGAAACCCUCUGAAUAUAUACAGGGCCUUAUUGGGGUUGUUCUACUUGCCUUGAACACCCUGAAAACUGAGAAGAUUAUGCCCAUUGAAGCAAAUAUAGCUGAUUGCAUUAGAUAUGGAGACCCCAGGCACCGCAAUACUGAUGUUAAGAAAGCUCUAGAGAGUGCUGUUGAGCAGCAGCUGGUAGUUAAGCAGAAUGUAGGUGCUUUGCAAUUAUAUGUUGGUAAGAAUGGGAAACUAUGGAAUUGCGUGAAUCCUAUUGCUGGUAACCCAAAGCAGUACUCAAAAGCAACAUGGGAUGAAAUCCAGAAAUUUCUAUCAUCCUCUGCUGGACGAUCAGCAAUAAUGGCUUCUCAAUGCAGAUAUGAAGCAGCUACGAUUAUGAAGAAUAUGUGCUUAAAAGAUGUCGCUUUAGGGGACAUACUUCAGAUUUUGCACUUGGUAAUUAACAUGAAGAAGUGGAUCACACAUCAUCAAUCAGGAUGGCAACCAAUUAAAAUCAAUUCUAGCAGAGACCAACUCUAAUUCAGGUUGAUAGCAGCAACAUAGGCUCAACUAAAGUUGGGGAAGGGACGUGUUGGAAGUUCAUAAUUAUCGUUGUGAUGGGAUAGGGUGAAGAAGGUCCCUUCUUUCCCUUGAACUACCGGCAAUAGAGUUGGUAGCUGUGUCAAAAGUGAAGGUAGUAGACUAGUAGUUCAGUACAUAGGGGAGGUAUCUCUUCUUAUUCGAGUUGCUUGUUGUAGUUCUGUUUCCUUGGGAAAUCAGAAAGCAAUACUUGGCCAGAGAAAGGUCAGACAAUGUACAGCAAACUCAAUGAGGUUGUAGAGUAGUUUGUUGCCCUAUGGAUUGCUAUGUGCAGCGUAGGUACACCCCCACAUGGUUAGUGGGUGAUCCAUCCUCUAGGUUGUUGGCUCUAAAUUCAUUAGUCAAAAUUUCUGGGAGUAGCUCUCUGUAGCUUGGCCUUGAUCAACUUCUGCGGAAAAACAUAUUUGGGAGAAUGAUAGUUGCUUUGGUCUCAGGAUAUCAACGCCCCACUACCGAUUUCGAUUUCAGAAUGGACAACUGUGUCUAUGCUUCUUACCGUGAAAGUUAAGUUGUUGUCCAUUGUAGACUUUAAUGAUGGCGAGUGUUGGGCACUAAAAGUGGGUCUAGACUGUGUAGGUUUUUUGGGUUGAAAUUAGCUUUUUGUUUUUGGUAACUUGAGUUGAAGUUGGGUGAGAGGUUAUGUGCUGCCUAGGGAAACUUAGUAACGCAACAACAGCAAAAAAGCAGCUAAAGUUACGCUGCAGAUAUGCAAUUAUGACAGCUUCCAGAAUCAGCGAGUUUCGGGGGGAAGCUGAUUAAUCACCAUCUAUCUGUAUAACAUCAGGUAUAUACAACAGCGAACUUGAUAACAAAUGACUGUGCCUGUUGCUGUUAUGUAUGAAUGCAGUUGCAAUCUACAAUGGUGACAAGAUGAUGGAUCCGUCUACCUUAAAAAUCCGCAAUCAUUUAUUAAGACAGUUUCUCAUCUAUUUAUUCGCUACGUUUGUUGUUUGGUCUUUAGUAUAAGAUGCUCUUUUUCUCCUGGUGUUAACUCUUAUUGUAGAAACAUUAUGUACAUAAGGGAGAGGAGAUGGUAUGCUCAUUCUGAGCAGAACUCUUUUAAAUAAACCCGCUGUUUCUUAUAUAUAGUGUUCCGAUAAUAAUUAUAUGAUGUCGUUUUGGCUCAUGUUAUGCUCGUAUAUUUUGCCCCUAUG